UACACUUAUUUUUCUAUAAAUCUAAUUAAACUUUUAACACGAAAUCAAAAAAUAAAAAAUUAUAUAGAAUAUUUAGUUUUUCUUCAUAUCCUCGUCUCAAAAAAAAGAGAAAAGAGGUUUUUGCUUCAUCCGUACCGGUUCGGGCCAGACGUCCAUGCUGAGCUGAGGCAGGCGUUUGUGGAGGCCUGUUGAGGGAAUUUGGUGAGCACGCUGCUAUCUUGUGAAAUUGGAGCCUGGGAACUAAACGGUGUCUGGAAAUUUGUUUUGUUUAGAUUUGAAAUUUUUUGUGGAAUUGGAGCCUGGAAACUAAACGCGGCCAAAAAAUUUUAGGGAAAAAUUUUUGGGCUGCAACUAUGCACACACUCCUAUGGAAGCCCACCAAUGACAACGGCAAAUGCAUGCGGUCCAAGUUGUGUCAGGAAAAAAUUUGCUAAACUAAACAUCUAAAAUUUUUCCUAUGUUCUGACUACAAAAAUUUUUAUCACUUGGACCAAAAAAAUUUCAAAUCUAAACAUACCCUAUAAAAGAAACAGCAGUGGACUAUUUUCGCGUCGUUCUGUGCACGCACCAACGUCAGACGUCGUAUUAUGUGGGCCCGCAAAUUAGCCGUUGCAUAACCUCAUCACUACGUUAAUAACCGUCUUCUUUCGCCAACCCCUCCUCAAUCUCCGCCGCCAUGCCACCACAAAUGUCUCGGCAGGCCGCCGCCCGCCCGGCGGAAGCGCGCUCCGUGCGCCGCCCCUCCUCCUCCUCCCCCUCCCGCAAAAGGCCAUCCUCCUCUUCCUCCUCCUCCAGCAGCAGCAACGACUCCUCCUCCUCCGACGUGCUGGUGGACGAGGUCCUCUUGGACGACCCGACAGACGAACGGAUCGAGGCGGAGAUCGUGGCCCACCUCUUCCGCGGCGCGGACCCGGAGGCGUACCGCCAGGCGGUCGCGCAGCAGGAGUCGCUGCGGGCGAAGAAGGCGGCGCUGCGGCGCGAGGUGGCGGAGAGCCGUGCGCUGACGCGGCGGCUCAGGGCGUACACGGACCUGCUCAUCAAGACCGACGUGACCGGGUACUCGGAGGCGCAGACGGAGGAGUACCGCCGGGAGCUGCAACGCCGGAGCAAGGAGUGCUUUGGUUCGGGUGUCACCUGUGCAGAUUGCUGGGGCCAGCACAAUUUUGGGAGUUGCUGAGUUGGGACUGAGCAGUUCAGACAAACAAAAUUCAGCGCAAGUUACGGUUCUCAGCAGCGCAUCUGAGGAGGAACUAAACGCUACAAUUGUGCUUUGCUGCUAGAUGCAUAGUGCAGUUCAUACUUAGUCAUCCGUUUGCAGCUAGUAAUCUUUCUGGUAGAAGAGAAUUAUCGAUGUUUCAACUUAGCUGUUCCUACCCCUAAAAAAACUUAGUCGUUGCUGAGUAGAGGGAUCUCAGUUGAUUCUAAAAUUGGUUUUUUAGGAUCUUUCGGGGUGUCACUGGUGAUAGCUUGUUAAUAAUUGAAUUACUUACUUGGAAGAUUGCUGAGUUACCUACUACGAAGAUUAUUGAGUUACCUACUUGUAAGAUUGCUGGCGGCAACACAAAUUUGGGAGUUGACGAGUUGGGACGGAGUUUGAGUUCAGACAUACACUUCAGUGCAGUUCAUGGUCCCCUUUAGAGCAAAAAA